AUGCAUAAGAAGUCACUAAAAGAUUUCAAUGUAAAAGCAUGGAUUAAUGAUGCCACUUCGUCAAGUGUUAACUAUGUAACAACAACUGUUGAAGUUUCAAAAGAACAUGAAGUUCAACUGAUGGAAAAUAAUGUCUCUAUUCUUAUAGAAAAAUUACAAUUCCUUUCUCAAGAAAUUUCUCAUAGAUUAGGUAAAACGAUUGAAGAUGUUACCAAGAGUAUGCCAAGAAUAUUAUCUGAUUUACAAGUCAUGCAAGAGGAUACAAAAAACUUAAAGAUUGAUAUAACUAAAGUUAGAAAUAGUGUUAAGAAUGUUGAAACUGAUACUGGCAAGACAUUGUUGGAACAAUUGAAAUCCUUAGAUUUGGUAAAAUCACACAUGGAAGAAUCACAUGUUGUAUUACAAGAAGCAGAAAAUUGGAGUAAUUUGGAGACAGAUGCAAACAAUAUUUUUGCUUCAAACAAUUAUCAAAAAGCCAUUGUUGCUUUGAGUGGACAUGAUAUUAGUUCAUGUCAAAAAUUCUAUGCAAUAUUCAGUCAAAUUGGCUCCGAACGAAUCAUUGCAGAAACUGGUGCAGGUCAACAUGGAGUAGCUAUAGCAACUGUUUGUGCAAAAUUUGGAUUAGAAUGUGCUAUUUAUAUGGGCAGUGAAGAUGUUAGAAGACAGGCUCUAAAUGUAUUUAGAAUGAGAUUAUUAGGUGCAAAAGUUAUAUCUGUAGAUUCUGGUAGUAAAACUUUAAGAGAUGCUAUUAAUGAAGCUAUGAGGGAUUGGGUUACGAAUGUUCAUAAUACUCAUUACCUUGUGGGAUCAGCAAUUGGUCCCCAUCCUUUCCCAACUAUUGUACGAGAAUUUCAAUCAAUAAUUGGAAAAGAAGCCAAACAACAAAUGUUGCAAAAAGCUGGUAAAUUACCUGAUGCUAUUUUAGCAUCUGUAGGUGGUGGUAGCAAUUCUAUAGGAUUAUUCUAUCCAUUUAUUGAAGAUAAAAGUGUAAAACUUAUUGGAGUUGAAGCUGGUGGUGAUGGAAUUGAUACGGAAUUUCACUUGGCUACUUUAACUGUUGGAACACCAGGUGUAUUACAUGGAACACAUACAUAUUUGUUACAAGAUGAAAAUGGACAAAUUAAAGCAACACAUAGUAUUAGUGCAGGAUUGGAUUAUCCAGGAGUAGGACCCGAACAUUCAUGGCUAAAAGAUACAGCUCUUGAAACAAGUCAUGCCAUCUAUUAUGCAUUAGAACUUGCAUCAAAAAUGCAAAAAGAUCAAGAUAUUUUGUUAUGUGUUAGUGGUCGUGGAGAUAAAGAUGUAAGUUCAGUAGCAGAAGCUUUGCCAAAAUAUGGACCUAAAAUUGGAUGGGAUAUGACAAUAGAUUUUAAACUAUAA